UGAACAAAUGGCGCCUGAGGAAGAUACGUAAGCUGUGCAUUGAACCUAAAAUUACGCAAAACAGCAGCACGUACUUCUAAUAGAAGGAAAAGGAAUGGUUUGUGAUCCGAACAAGGUGCAAUCUCAUGCAGAAGAUAAGUUUGAAGAAGGAAAGCAUGGACACCCAGCUUCUGCCCUCUUCAGUGUUCAGCGGAAAUGCAGCCUCAGCCCUGGACCCGGCUCUGCUGUACGGCACCUGGUCAGCAUUCACUGACGAUGUCAAGCCCUCUGCCACCUUUCCAGAUGGCAGUUUGUCCAGGCAUCAGGUCAACCAGCCUUAUUCUGGUAAUGGUCCAGAUGUUUUUGGAAUGGUCUCCAGUAUCCUUGAAGAACCAAAUGCUGAACAUCUUGCAGAUUGGAAUUCAUCCUCAAAGUUGUUUCCAGUAUGGCCUGCAGACAGUGACCAAAUCAGCCAAGAUGGGAAGAUGGUGCUAGGUGGAAAUGGCUCCUCGGAUGAGAUCGAUGUGAAUAGCUUUUAUCAGGAUGCUUUUCAGAACAUAGAUGGCAAUCAGAUGGAAAGCCUUUACCAAGGUUUCCAAGGCUUGGACCUUAUGGACUCCUGGCUUCUCAGCGGUAAAAAGGAGCCAGAUUUGUCCAUCCUUGACUCUGCGCAGUUCACUGACAGCUCUUACAAUCAGCAUGUCAUGGUAAAAGGAAACUCCUUUGGCCACAGGGAAGACUUUGGUUUCAACAAAAGUGAGUGUGAUCCUUGCUUGCAAGAUGGCAGUACAGAGGUUCACAGUGGGAGCUUUCAGAAGUUACCGGGUGAGUUCGGCAUGUAUGCAUUUCAUAACCGCAGUAAUAGCAACAACACACAAAUGCAGAAGGAGUUCUUAAUGGAGCAAGCCAGAGAUAAAUUCUUAAAAUGUAGUAGUUCUGCGGAGCAAACAAGGUUGCCAUGUGGCUCAGAUAGCCCAUCUGAGAGAGAUAAAUGGCCUCAGACAGCACAGCAGAGGCAACACCCUUUCAGAGGCUUUGAGGAGUACCACGUCCACCAACCUCAACGAAAGGCAUUCUCCCCCUCCCAGAAUUACUAUGGUGAGAAGCAUGGAAAGGUGAAUGGGAGAAGUUGGAAGACAGGUGAACUUGGAGGUCCUAGUCUUCAAAAUGGCUAUCAGCCAAACAGAAAACCCUAUGAUCAAAGUCAGAUGAGUUCUGCAGAUUUGCCUUGCGAUUUCACCCAAGCCUGCACCUCAGAGCUCCGAAGCGGGAGUUACGUGCAAGCAGGAAAAUGUGGGCCUGCCUGGUCUGAAGGUGAUUUGUUGAGCACUUCGUGGAAGCCUGGCUUGCAGAAUGGGAGGAAGAGCAGCCCUGCCCACAGCCCUCGGGUGUCCUUGUCAGGUUUGACAAACUUCUCACCAAAUGGAAACCCUGCCAGCCACCUGCUGGCCCCCAGCCCCCAGCCUCCGUACCGCUCCCACUCCUCCCCAGUCUCACCAGGGGGAUGGCAGGACCGGAGAUCCAAGCCCGGAGAAGGUCGUCCUGGUGCUUGGCCCCGUGGAGUACCUCCUGGAAUUGCAAAUCUGCGUAUGUCCGGCAGCCAUUCCAGACUGGACCCGACAGUAACCAAGGACAACCACUGUCAGCUCACUGUCACCAACAACCAGCGGGGCUACCCAGGCGGCUGGGGAGGUGCAGCCGAGGGUCCUGACAAGUAUUUCCGCAACCGGACCAAGCACAGCCCAGAUGGCCGCGACGACGGCAAGGCGACGAGGAAAAACGACAACUGGUUUCCUCAACCCGGUUUGUACGGAGGCUCCAACCAGCACCUGCACAGCAGCAGCAACAACAACUACUGGCGCAAACAGGACCAAGACAGAAGCAGCGUUUCUAACUUCAACUCGACUCAGUUUCUGCCUCCCUUCCAGCUCAUGAUGGCAGACCUGAAGCAAAAGCCGAGCCCGUCCCACUUUGGCCUGCACCGAGGAAACUCGGGGGUGGCGGGCAGUGGCUUCCCCCUGCCUCAGUCUGGCUUCCCCUUCCCCGACCUCAUGGACCUGCUCCAGAGCGAGGACUUCAGCCACCUCAGCCCUUUCGUCAACGAGCUGCUCAACGCCGACAUGCCUCCGCCUUACUUUGGCUUCCCCCCUCCCUUUAAUAAGUACAGGCCUAUGAGGAACCGCAGCGGCCCCGCCAGCGAGCUCCACGUGCAGCUGGAGCUGUGCUACGAGCAGUGGAGAACCUUGGAGAAGGAGAGGAAGAAGACUGAAGCCAAUCUAGCCAGAAACUUUCCUGGCAAGAGGGUUACAAGCUCCAACAACACCCCCAUUCCAUGCCUCCCUGCGAAUCCUUCCAGAGUUGAUCGCUUGAUUGUGGACCAGCUGAGAGAGCAGGCUAGGGUUCUGGCACUGGUUGGGAAGAUGGAGCGUCUGCGUAGUGCACCAGUCCAUGCCAACAUCAUCACCACUCUGGACCGGUACCUAGAAGCCAUCCACUUUACCCAGCAGCGCCGCAAGGAUGAGAUUGUCAACACCACCAAUCGCCACAGGCAGGGGGCGCCAAGAUACAGCGAUGACAAAGGUACAGCACCGCGGUCCCAAAAUGUGCUGGCCCUUGCAGCGGCCAUUAAGGAGCUGGUGACGCUGACCAGGAAGGCUCGCACGGCCCUGUGGUGCGCCCUGCAGAUGACCCUCCCGAAAAGCGCCGCGGGCGUCCCGGUGCGGCAGGCGGAGCUGGAGCGGGCCCUGCUGGAGCUGUGCGACCCGGGGGAGGGUGAGGUGCAGGACCCGGUGGGCGGCAAAACCAAACCGCCGACGGGCCAGCCGGGAGACGAGAGCGACAAAGCCGAGCGGGAGAACAGGGCCACCGACGAGCAGUGAGGACAGCGGAUUGAGUCUGCCGGGUUACUUCCGAAGCGAGGUAACCUGGGAGCAUACCCAUACAAGUCUUACUAAUUAGGUAAAGGGGGUAAACGGAUGACCUGUUGUUGUGUUCAUGUUAACGAUUAUCAGCACGAAAAUGGAUUUUGGCCAGUUUCAUUUUGUGAAAAGUAUUGUUUCAUUUGACGUUCUGUGAAUGAAUUACAUUUCUCAUUUGAAUGUUUGACACUUGGCUGGUGGAGCCAUUCCUUCUUUAAGUGUGUAAUACUUGUGUGCAUUUCGUAGCCACUCGUUUAUCUGGUGCACUUGUUUUGGUCUUUUUUCACUUUUUGUUUUAUGUACUAUGUCAUUGUUACUGUGCAGUAGACGCUGGCCAUUCACCCCUGUCCCUCUUAAUUUACUGUAGUUCAUAAGCUCUAGAUGCCCAGUGGUAAAGACUAAUCUAAAUUUGGCCCCACCUUCAGUCUGUGCUCACACCACUGUUACGUGCCAAAAAUAAGUGGUUUGGAACUGAAUGUACAUACUGGGCAAAUUUCUGUUUUAGGUUAAAACAAUUUGUUUUUCAGUGUGCAUCUUGGUACCAUUCCAAGGUUGUUGUGAAUGCCCAACAGCAACAGAACAUCUCCAAAUUUUGAUUUCUUUUCAGUUUUAGCAAGGAUAUUUGUCGUAUUCUGUGGAGUGUUUUUAUUUCAUGGUCCAAAAAGGUAAAACAUUGUACCAUUCAUAGUGUAAAUAUCCUACAAAAGAAUUGUCUUUGAAGCAGAAAUAGCAAGUAGCUGCCAGUAUGUGCAUGUAACAUGUAACA